AAGUUGUAGACGGAGUUCAGUCAUUGAUGAAGCGGCUUCAUGCUAGCUUUACACGCAAGGAUGGACAGCUACGUUUUAUUCAAAGGAGCCAAACGAGUGAGCCUUAUGGACGACGACAUGACAACCGAAAAAAUCAGCAGGAUCUUUCAGGUAUGCUCAUUAUUUCUAAAAUAAGCCAUAUGUUCCUCUUCAAGUUCCACGUGCUCGUGUUAUUGUAUAGGCUAAUUAGCCUCACUAGCUAACUGUGUGGUAAAGCCCUGUUCUCUCUACACGUUUAUAAAGGUUCAUAGCCCGAGCCUGUACAUUACUGAUGACAGCAACGUGGCCGUGUUUCCUACAAUCAGCGUCGCCGUCCACUUCAGCAUUUUGGAUCUAGUCGUGAGGGGGCAUUAUGAAGUGCAUGGGGACAGCAUCUGCGCGGAGAACUCGACAGAGCCGCUUUUCGUUCCACCGCCCACCAAGCGCUCCAGCGGGGUCUGCUGCAUGAGCUACUCCAAGAGCCACCGUUGCAAAAACAUUUCAAAGGUAAGUAAAUGGGCCAUAUGUAACUACUAUUUAUAUCACACUACUAGACCUGAGCAUCAUACCAAUUGUUACAGCAGAAGGUUUUGAAUCAUUGUGUCGGGAGGUCAUUGUCAUUCACAACAAAUUUACAGAAGAAUGCAUUUUUAAUGUAACAUAUAAUCUACCUGGUUUAGAGGCUGAACAUAGAAAAUAAUAUUAUUAACAGAAAUUUUUUUCCAGGAGAAAACUAAAAAUUGUUCACAGAGAUGAGAGAGAAAAAAGGCCAACUCAUCGAUGAGUCUUAAAAGUUAGCAGAUCUUAUAGUAGAAGAGAGGGAUGAACACUCAAAUGACUCCAACUACGUCAUUUAAAACAGAGUCAGAAAGAGCUAAAAUUACACUCUGGUUGAAUUACACUGAGGUAUCUGGAGUCCAAUAUUUCUCAGUGGUGGUUUAAGUCUAGAGUCAAGGCAGCCUAAAAUCUACUAGAGGAUUUUAGAGACCUAUAUGCUUCAUCUACUGUGAAGACACUGACUUCUUUUUCAUGCGGGACUUAGCACCUGCGCACAGUGCCAAAACUUCAACCAAAUUGUUUUCUGACCACAGGGUUUCUGUCCUUGACUGGCCUUAUGUGAUUCAAUAACACCACAGCAGAAUGACAGGCUGAUCGCCUCCAUAAUGCAGAAAUUUAUGAUAAAGGGAGGAGUGCAUAGAAGAACCUGCUUUGUAGAAGUUUCCACAAGUUUCAUUUUUGUUCUUCAAUCAUUUUUAUUGUUCCUGGAAAACUCUGUCAUGAUUUGCCACACUGGAUGUCUGAUUUUUCACAAGCUGUAAUUUAUAACCAUCAUGUGUAUUCACAUGUGGUGAAUACAAGGUGGAUGUGAGAGUUUACCUUUAGGGGAUUAAUUGUGGAUGAUAUUUUCCUUUACUGGGAUGUUCCUGUAAUUUACAAUAACAUUUACAGAUUAGUUACAGCAAAUCCUCCACGUCCAUGCGUGCUUUGAGAGAUAAAGCCUCUUUCCAGUAUAUUUUGCUAAUUAAACUUUUCUUUUUAAAUAUGAUUGUGUAUUUUUAUUAGGUGGUUUUGAUCAUUUAACUUCUGAAAACAACUGAAGAACAAAAUAAUCCUCCCCUGCAGCAGAAAUCAAUGAAAUGGAGGAUAAUUUUGGACACAGCAAAGCCUGUUUUCAUGACAGACUUUGCUGCGGUACACACAGGUGUAUCUAAUAAUGUCUGUUAUGGCUGCAUUCCUCAGUGUGUGCCAGCGCCAGCUUCAGUAUCAUGCCUGCAUAUUGACUUUUUUACACGUCCAGACAUUUUAAUGGAUCACAGACACUAAAAUAGCUUACUACUCCAAAAAUGAACAAUUUUAUAACAGAGGGUUUUUCUGUUUUUCCGUUAGAGCCACAUGUUGUUGAUGAGCUGAGUUGCUAUUUUUGUUUGAGCGUGACCACACAAAAGAAGAAAAACACAAACACCACCACCUCUAAGAUACUGGUGACCAGCUGAAUGCUGGAUUACAUGUUCACUUGACACACCGGAUGGACUGAUUCACAUGUGGUAUGAGAUAAUUAUUUAUAUGAGGCUCAUCCCAUACAUGGUGUUUAGAAAGGGCAGAACUUAAAAAAAGUGGCACUGGUUGGUCCAAUCUUUCCUUGACUGGAAACAAACAAAUUGACCUGAAUAGUUGGGAGAUGACAAGCAUGAAUCCUGGCCAAAUCAUCUGCUUUUCAGGAGUUGUACAAGUGUUGGAGGAAGAUCAAUAUGAUAUUUGGAUAAAGGACUGACCAAUAGCCCCCUCAGUUUCCUGCGUUUUGCAGUUUAUCACCGUUAGGUCCCUCACUAUAAGUAUUAGGGAGUGCUCCUCUGUUAAACCCUUUUAUUUAGGAAAUGUGGGUUAUCACUCUCCCUGUAUGCAGACGAUGAUGUUGUCUUUCUGUCAAAACCAAAGCUGUCUGUUUCCAUUUUGUUGGAACUUAUCAGGCCAUUGGGUGAAUUACAAAUUCAUGUUGUUGAGCACUGAUCUUAACACUUAAUUCCUUCAAAGUCUCCCAGUCAACAUUACAGAUAAACUCGGGUAUCUGGGAGUAGUUUUACCCAAAUACCCCCAGCUGAUUAAUAUGUUCAAAUUUCCAGAGAAAGUGAAAAAAAAAAGUUAGAGGUCAUUAAAAUUGGAGGACCCUUCUUCUGUCUAUGGUUUGCCAUGCAAAUGCCAUAAAAAUGGUCUCUGCCAAGAUUCUUGUACCUUUUUCAGAAUCUACCCGUGUAUCUUAAAGGUCUUUUUCAAAUUAUUAGAAUCAAUACUUGUCAUUUAUUUGGGGUUUAAAGCUCACAGAAUAUAGAAAUUCGUUUAUGUAAAUCAAGAGAUGCAGGCGGGCUAUGAUUACUAGGGCUUCUGCAUCAUUACUGGGCAGGGAAUUCAAGGGCCUCUGUCAAUUGGCUGGAAGGUUACAGGAUGGAAAUACUGACUGAGGAGCCCCUGGUUUACCUGACUCCACUUUAUAGCAAUCAUACAUUUCCCCAUCCCUCUCAGAUGUAUGCUUUAAGUAGUUGAAGACUGUAACGUAUAGUUACUCUGAAAGAUUUUUAUAUCAACAAGCAAUAGUCUUGGGUGGCUGACGCAGCUCAAGAGAGAACAUUGAGUCAUUUCUUCAAGGAAAUGCAAUCAGACUGAGAUGCUAAGGCAGAAGAUCUACUGCAUCUGCCGUGCAAAAGAUUAAUAGUGUUGAUUAUUAAUUAUUACUUCAAGGAAACGAUAAAGUAAUGAUCAUAAAUGUUCUUCUUUGAGCUGCAUCACUCCGCUGCAGUUGGUGAUCGACUCGUCCAAGCUCUCCGUACAAACAAGCAGUGAGUUUUGUUGAGUCUCUUUACUGAAGAAAUCAGGCAAAGCUAAAAAGAUGUUUGGUGGCUAGUGCUGUGGCUGGGACCCUAUAUGUACUGUUGAUGAAGUUAGGUGCUGUUCUGAGCAUUAUUUGUGGCUAUAGAGUGGCUUUUUGGUUAAGCGUGUGGCUCCUGAGACCGCUGUGUAUUGCUAUCCUGUGGUCGUUAGAAGCAAGCGGUCGGCAACAUUCAUCUCUCGAGGGGGUGUCUAACUUGGUGUUACGGUGUGGUUGUGCAACUCCAGGAAUUAAUUGACUUGAUCAUCUACAGACCACAAAAUCAUCAAUAGAUGCAGAGAAUCAGAGGAAUCUGCACUUAAGCAGCAAGACCCAAACCCAACACUGAAUGACUGUGACCUCUGACCCCCCAGGCGGCACUGCAUUAAAAACCCACAUUAUUCUGUAAAGGAUUUUACUACGUGGGCUCAGGAGGACUUCAGAAAACCAUUGUCAAUUAACACAGCUCAUCUGUAUAUCUACAAGUUCAAACUCUAUGAGACAAAGACAAAGACAGAUAUCAACAACAUCCAGAAACACAGCCGGCCUAUCUGGACCCGAGCUCAUCUGUGAUGGACUGCUGCAAAAUGGAGAAGUCUGCGGUGGUCUGAGGAAGGUGAUUUCCAAAACUAUCUAUAUAUUUUUGUGUGUGGGUGAACAUCAAACUAUUUUAUUUUUAAGAGUAUUUGUUGACUUCAAAAUGUUUUUUGAAUGGUUAAGGGAUCUGGAGCCCCCUGUCUGCACUGACAGGGACACAGGGAUAGUCAACAACAGCUUUGACUCCCAAUAAGAGAGAAGAAGAAACCCUGGAACAGGCCUUUCCUUCUUCUGUCUCCACUCAUGGUCAGCCACGUGUUCACAGAUUUCUCUUAAGAAUCCUAUAAAUACAGGUGCAGGUGAUUUUGCCUGAAUUAAUCUCUCCACUUCAAAAAUAUUAGGGAAAUUAGCAGAGGACAUGACUAUAUAAAGUUGCUUUAUGCUGGAUGUAGGAUUUAGUAUUUCUCGGACAUGAUGUGAAUAUCAGGUACAGAAAGUGAGGAGUCUUUAGUCUUAGAUGAAUUGAUGAAAGCAUGAAAACUGUUUUUUUUUAGCAUUAAACAAUUGAGCUGUUUUCUCAAAGAAAUCUCUUAAAAAAAGAUUUAGAAAAGAAAGUAUGUAAAUCGUUAAGGCUCAUCAAAUUUGUAACAGCACUCUUCUACCACUAGAGAGCAGCAUUUACCUGCUGUGACUGGUCUGUUUGCAGCCUGCCUCACAGGAACACCUAAAUACAAGUCUGAGUUCCUCCUCUUCUUCUUCUUCUUCUUCUUCUCGUGAACCUUAUUAAAUAAACAGUUCCUCUGAUGUGAACAUAAUUUCAUCACUUUUUGAUGCUGUGUGGGAAUUUCCUGUCAACAGGGCAGCUCUGGACUUUGAAUCCCUCUCUGAACAGGAUCCUGGCAGAGCUGCACGUUUACCUCUCCUGUCAGCACAUCAGUGUUUCUGCUGCCAGAGUUUGGUCUCAUUGUCCACAGCAUCCUCACACACACCCUGUGCAGUCUCAACUUCACAGCCUGCUGCUGCUGCAGCCCUCCCAGCUCCCUCACAGACCAUCUGUCAGCACUCUAGAGUUGUUUUGUGUGCUGUUGUCUUCAGGCCAAACUCAGUUUAUGAUCCGUUCAGCCACCCUCUUGCUUUUUUAAAAUGAUACCAACUUCUCGUGAGUCCUGACUUCUGGGACACACUCCCUGACCCAGUCUUUUGCUGGCAUAGAAACGCGUCACAGAGUCAGGCUGUCAGAGCCGUUGUCCAUCUGUUCCUCAUAGACUUUGAGCAGAAGAGCGAAGCCACAGCUGUAAUUAGCAGCGGGGAGAAGCUGAAAAUCCCUGCAGAGUUCAAGCUGAACGUGACUUUCCCGACUGUCUGCAUCCACAAGGAGACUGAAAAUAACAAUGUGGGAAAAGACCAGAGUCUGACUCUGGACCCGACACAGAUACCAGACUUUGACAAAUGACUCAAAAGGACAUCAAAAGGACGUAAAACUGCAAAAGCACUGUUUUGUUGUUGAACUAUGACAGUAAAUCUUUGCAUACUGAUGCUUGAGCUGACUCAGUCUUAGACACAAAAACAGACUAAGGAAGAGAAAAGGUUCGACAACUUUUAUUGUGAAAAUUUAUGCAGAAACUAUUUCAUAGAGGAUUUAAUUUCUAAUGGUACAAGAUUCACAAUUAAAAAAAAUAGGUAAAUAAAACAAAGCGUUUUUUAAAGAUUCCUUUUUGUUUAGCCUGAUAUUUUCAGCCUUUAAGAACAUGGCAGACCUCGUCAACCCUUUAACAUUUAGGCUAAUGAGGAAUAGUAAAAAGAAAUCAGCAGUGAAAAUGUAAUCUCUGCGGUAAAUAAAACAUAAUAGUCAUAUGCUGAGAAAAAGAAAAACAAGAGAAAAACUUCAUGAGGACAUACUUACUUUUGCUUACUCCUUGUUUUACUGAACGGACUUUGAAGACCUUGCAAUGCCCACAUGUCCUUUUGGUUGGUCAGCUAACUAACUUUUAUCCUGCUGGUCCACAGGGAUCAUGAUUUUUUAUUAACACGACCUGCCCUAAAGUCUAGCUGUGUUUACCAUAGCUACUUUUGGUGACAAGGAGGAUGACAGCCCUGCAGCAGCAGCUGGAGUUGACCGAGUUGGCCAGACCUGUUGAGAACCACUGCUUUAUGGGACUCAGGGGACUCAGUAGCUGCUUAAUUAAGCUCAAACAUUAUUCAUUUAUUUAUUUAUUCAGGAUACCUAUUAGUUAUUGCUGCAAUAAAAAAAAAUAUAUAUUUCAGUCCGGGUAACCAUAUGUCCUCUUUUACCCAGACAUGUCCUCUUUUUUUGGGGCUGUCCGGCCUUGUCCGGGGGAGAGGGUUUUGUAUGGAAGUUUGAGUUUAUGUCGCGUGGACUUAAUGAGCGUAAAAAACACUCGACCCAAAAAACUCUCACAAUUUACCAUGCGUGUCUCCUUGAAUCCACCCCUGUGUAGUUGUGUCCUCUUUUUGAGGAUUCAGAACAUGGUCACAGUAAUUUCAGUAUUGAUUUUCAGGUUUUUGACAAUGCAGGGCUGGGUGUUAAAUGGAACUGGGUCUUGAUCCCCAACAUUGGGAAUAAGAUGCACCAAAAAAAACAGACCCUGCAACCAGUGCAACAAAGACUGUAGCCUCUUCGGUUUGCAUAAAAGAAUUAGGUCAUAUUCACAUGUUAGUCAGGCAAUACCCCUGACACUGAAUAACACAUCACCUUCAUGCAGAUUCUCUUUGCAAAGGAUUGUGGUAGUUUCAUUAUUUUGCUGGACAUGGUGAGAACUUUGGGGGGAAGUUUGCAUCUCAAAUGUCAUGUAUGAUGCCUGAAAAGGCUGCCUCCCUCUUUUUACUCCCCGGUUAGUUUCAUCCAAAGGUUGCAGUCAAACCUGUAUUUUGUGUCUCUAGAAGCUGCAGUUUCAGGGUUGCACUUCUGGGUGUGCAUCAUGUGUGAAGCCUCAUGCUGAUUAUGAAUUUGCAGUCUUUUGGUCUGCAGACAUGCAACUCGAUUGUAUUUAUGAGUACGCACAAACACAUAAGUGACAGAGGGCAGUGAGUUACAGGAGUGUCUGGUAGAGCAACAAGCCUCUAAAAGGUGAAAUUGUGAACUGUUUUGAGUUUUCAUGCUAAUGAUAUUAGCCUUCCUUCACUCAGGUGGUUAUUGAAAAACGAAAUGUAAGAAACCAAUGCACGCUUGGUAGUCUCCCCCAUUUGUGCGUGUAGAGAUUUAUAACAUCUAAUUCAUACAGACAUGUUAUACAUAGAUAUGCAAGACUUCUCCUGCAGAAUGCCUCACAUUCUGGAUCCACCACAUCUGAAUCCUCCUCUUAUCUCUGUGGCCGACCGAUGAGCUGUCUACAGUGCGGCAGCCUUGAAUGUACCCUUCAUCACUCACAGGCAGUUCUCAGAGUCUUUGCUUGAGUUUGUGUGUGCGCAUGUGUGUCUGCACUCUUAUAACAAUAUAUGUGUCUGCAAAUCCUAAGAUCCACAUCUGUAUUCGUGUUAAUCCAAGGUCCUUCCUUCCGUCUCCACACAUCCCUCUUCUUUCACAUCCUCUUCAGUCUUGGUGCUUUAGCAGCUUUCUCUUAUCUGCCUCGACCUUGACAUCGACCGUCUGCAGCUAACCAUCUUUCUCACAAAUAGGAGAGAAAUCGUGGUGAUGUAGUUCACAAAAAAACGCACACAAUCGCACAUGAAACAUAAAUUUCAGUCUGGCACCAAAGGGGCAAUAUUUCACUUUACAACCAGCUCACUUCCACCUCUUUGAAGUGAGUUUGUUUCACUUCCCUCUCCUAGUUAAGCUGUAGUAAUGGCUCAGUAAUGUCUUCAAGUGACCGUGGGGCUCUGUUUCAGCCUGUGAACGCUCCUGUAGUUCGAGACCAUUACCUCAGUCAUAACUGCAGGCCCUGCUGGGAGCUGGGAAGUGGGUCUGUGUCUCACCCUGCUGGCCCAAAUCAUUCUUUUAAUCUUUUAGUGCCCAUAAAAUGAAAUAGUAUAAAGAAAAGUAGAGGAGAUGGAAAGCUGCAGGCUGACAGAAAUAGUUCUUAUCUGACACAUAUGUUGACAUUUUAGCAUGUGCAGGAAUGCAAAGACUCUUACAAGCCUAAUAAAAUCGAUCAAUAAGAGCUUGUUAGAAUAUGCUGAACUGUUGUUAAUAUUGGCUCUGUUUAUUUGACAUGGAGCUCAAUAACCUAAUGGACUUGAGUUUCAUUGAAUUUACAAUCAAAGUUCCUGACUUCCCUUAGGAGCUUCACAGGCUGAUGAAGAUCCUAUUGGCUGACUUUGGCAGUUGUUGUCUCAUUCACUUUGUCCUUUUCCUGUGGGCGACUCUGAGCUAUUUGUCUAAAAGAAAUUAUAAACCUGUUAACUGCCUGAGGCUGGCUGCUGUUAAAGUUUUGCACCUUAAAAUAGUUUGCAGCAGGUUGAUGACUUCCAGACAGUAAAAAGUGGUGCAUGGUGGCUGCUUUGUCUGUGCUUGUGCAUCAUUGUAUCACAUCACUUUUUAUUUUUUAAAUUUUGAAAGUCUGCACCCUAUACAGUUUAAAGGGAUAUUCCUGCGUAAAAUUAAGUUAGGGUCAAACACACCGCAACACCUAGUUAUACACCCCCUCGAGAGAUGUGUGUUGCCGACUGCUUGCUUCCAACCUACUACCAACUUUAGUAACGACUGCACAAUAGCAAUACACAGCGGUCUAUCACUCCAGGUGAAAACCUCAACCAAAAAGUCAUUCUAUAGCCACAAAUAAUGCUCAGAACAGCACCUAACUUCAUCAACAGUACAUAAAGCGUCCUAGCCAUAGUACUAGCCACCAGACAUCUUUUUAGCUUUGCCUGGUUUCUUAAUUUUAAGAGACCGAACACAACUCACCAACUCUCUUCCAGCAGCCGCUUGUUUCUGGGGGAGCCCUGACGAGUCGAUCACAGAGUGCAGCGGAGUUUCGCAGCUCAAGGAAGAACAUUCAUGGUUAUUACUUAAUUGAAAAACAAUCAGACCAAGACGCUAAGGCAGAAGAACUACCAAGUCUGCAGUACAAAAUUAUUAUUAUGAUGUUUAUCAUUUCAAGGAAAUGAUCCGCUAACUUAAUUUUACGCCGGAAUAUCCCUUUAAUUCUAAUGUCUUGUUCACAUCUUUUCCAGUUUUUGUUGACCAGAUGCAGCUUUUUGUGUUGUGUUUUCAAACCCUAGUUGUCUUGUUUGGUCACAAUGCCAUUAAUAUUCCAAAUAAUAACCUAUUCAGCUCAUUUAUUCAGAUUUCUUCCUCCAGUCUGAUUGGAGGGACGUACUUAGCUGUGGAGCAGAACUAAAAGUGCCACUGACCACUCAGAAUGGAUUAGUCAAAUGAUCUGUGUAAUUUACAAGCUGAACAUGAGCUUUGGGGUGUAAGCGUGGACAAUGGGAAACUAUAGCAAGGCCUCAAUGCAUUGGAGCUGAGCUGGAGUCUCACAUAGCUGCCUGCAUGGCUGUAAACGUCUUGCAUUGUUGCUUUGUUUCUUGUUGGUCUUUGUGUGAGUCCAGCCUGAGCUCUCAGACAGCUACAGUCUGACCUUGGCUGAUGAAAAAGAAGCUUUAUCUUGUCAAUCUGACACUUUUUCACUCACCCCCUCAGACCUCAAUGUGUUAAUCUAAAGGUACAAGCAGUCCAACACCAAAUUACCCCCAACCUUUAAAAAUUGGGAUAAAAAUGGUAUUUUUUGCUGCUGUGUUUGGCUCUGAGCGCUGCAGGUUGUAGUGGGUGGUGCGUGCAGCAUCAGGAGAGGACUCAGAGUUUGCUGUAUCAGAGGACAGGACAGGUAGAACUGCAGUGCUCAGAGGAGAUGAAGGUUAGUUGUAGGUGAUUGAUGGUGUUUCCUGCAUCUUUGUCAUUGAGUAAUCGACCUAAAGUCAUUGCAGUUGUUAGUAUUGAAUCAAGUAUCUGUAAUGAAAUCAUGUAGCAGGUUGGCGCUAAACGCAGAGUUCCGACUCUAAUGCAGCAAGAGUGAUGAGAUUACUGCUGCCAGCAUGAUUCAUGUCCUCCUGUGCGGGUGGAAAUGCUGAGAUAGUGAUCCCAUACACUGUUUUAUCCAUCCAGGAAUCUAAUAUGCUGAUAGUUUUAGAGAAUAAAGAAAAAUCUGUUACAGGAUGUUUGUAUAUCUGAAUACCAAAGGUAUUUGAUUCAAUAGCUGUGUUUACAACCCCAGUUCAAAGAAGUUAAGAUGCUGUAAAAAAAAAAGGUGAUAAAAUUGAAUUUUUUACACAUAAUUUAAAGCUUAUAAAUGAUAAAAAAAUAAUACUACAAUUACAUUAAAUCAUGCUAAAACUGAAAAUCUUAUUUCAACAUAUUUCAUGUUGUUAGUAUAAUAACAGAUAUUCAGGAACAUGAUCACUCCCAGGUAGCUAAUUUUAAUUCCUGCAGCUCAUUAUCUCCUCCACCUCUUCUGUCUAGAUAAAACUGCCUAACCCAUGGUCUCUCACUUGUCUCAGUUCUCACAACAGUUAAAAACAUGUUAAAACAGUACUUAUUUCAAAUCAACUUUGAAAGUAAAAUAAAGAUAUUUGAGGCCUCACCAUGGAUCACAAGCUCAUCCUCGGUCCUUCAGACAGCGAUAUGUUUGAAGAUCAACCCGUAAUCUUAGUGUCUCCACUUUAAGUCAUGGCACCCACUCUGCCACUGACGGACAAUCAGCCUUGGCAUCUUCUCCAUUGUCAAUGUACCUCAGCACAACAUGGUCCACCACCUCCUCAAAGAACUCGUUGAUUUCUGCUGCUGCACCACCACCUCCACCUUGGACCUCCUCCCCUGCCAACAUACCACCUUCUGCUCGUGGCCCAAUUCCCCAAGGUGUUGACAGAAAGGGGAGGCCAAUGCUUUAUCAAGGAGGCCGAAUGGUUUACAAUAACUUCAAUGAUCUUGGCUGCAAUGUUUCAAGUUCUCCACUUUCCUUGAUCUUGGUGUUCCUCUCUCCUCAUGUCAAGUUGUGUCAGGGUCAUGAUCAUGUUUGCCUUUUCGUCAACCCAGCAGACCAGUAUCUGGAGUCUGAAAGUCAAAUGUUGUCCUCAUCUUGCCUAAUAGAGGAUUUCAGCUGCUCAACAGUUCAGGGUCUCUUCAGUCCUAUUUUUGGUGUCAUGAUGCUCCAGAUUUUUUCAGUCAGGAUUGCAGAUGGACCAGUUUCUGAGCAAGACUCUUCUACUACAGAGCCAUGCUGUUGUUAUCCCUGUUGUCAGAAUGUGGUUUGUCAUUGUCUUGCUGAAAUAUGAAGGUCUUCCCUAAAAAAAGUCUGUCUGGAUGGCAGCAGAUGUAGAUAUUGUUCAGCAGUAAUGGAGCCUUCACAGAUGUGGAAGAUACCCAUGACAUGGACUCUGAUGAUCCCCUUACCAUCAGGGAUGCUGGAUUUGGACUGGGAGCUGAGAACUCCUCUUUAAAGUGGAGGAAGCAGCAGCCUAGAUUUCCAAGAGGAAUGUCAAAUUUUGAUAAACCACAUUAGAAAUUUCCUCUUCACCUUAGACCAUCUAAAUAGAUCCAAAGAUAAAAGAUACUUGUUUUUUGAUUGCCAAACCUUUAAGACCUUCCUUUUUUCUAUCAAAUAUUUUACUCAUUGCUAUUUUUGACACUUUAGACUCUGCUUAGCCUGUGUGAGAGCCUGACCACUGAAUGUGUUGGCAGAGGAUAAUGCACAGUUUCUCACACAUACACAUGGCAGCAUGCAGCAGUAAAUCAAAGGGGAGUGCCCGAUAAACUGUUUAUUGUGAAUAAGGUUUGAGUAUUUACUACCUCUGUUGAUUCUGCCUUAGGUGGACUUCACUGUGUCAGAGAAGCAAAUCGAGUGAGCUGGAUGACUAAUUAGGAAUAAGCUACAGUUGGAUGACUACGCUGGCAGGAUGUGGACUUUUACUGGAAUCAGGUUUGCAGCGUCUCAGGGAUAAUUCCUCUAUCACAUGCAAUACAGUCUCAAUCAAAACAAAGUCUGCGGGAACAUUAUGUGAGUGAAUCAGCUCGCCUGUGGUCUGACCGCUUACUGUGUCACGCACUAAAAGAAGGAUUUGGUUCAGUUUGUGAGCAGGUAUUUAGUGCUUUAGUGUACUUACUGAAAAUGACCGUCUUUAGUAACCCUCUGAAUUUACAGCCUCCGGGAGCAGAGACGCUCACUUCACUGAGUCUGCUAUUCUCAGGCAUGGUGCACUGCAUCCACUUUUUACUACAAAAGCAUUAACUCAAACAAAUGGCAAGAAGUUGACAAUUAUAAAAAUAGAUUACACAGUAUGACAUGAAGUGGCAUCUACACACACUAAUAUAAACAGAACAGAGUGAUUAUAUGGACUAAUACCAACACUGUCCUGUCUGUGAUUAAUGGAUUUUUGAAGGGAGUAUCAGGAUAUGAGUAAAACCUGGGUCGUGAGAACAGGAUCUCUGCCCUCUUAGCGUGUUAACAUGAAUAUGGUUGUUCUUGUGCUUCUCUGGUGUGGCCUGAGGAAAACUAGUUAUUUGGUAUGUGUGGUUUUGACAGUCAUCAGGUUUCUGAUGAUCUGUGCGCUGGUUCAUCUAAGGCCUGGUCCUCUCACAGGCCGGUAUCCUUGAAGACAAAGCUUCUCUGUGUGUUUUAGUCCUCUGUACACAUGCACAUGAAGUCUAAGGUCACAGAGGUUUCCAAAACACCUUCCAAGGUGGAGACUUUUGUAAACUGUUUAAUCUGUGUUAGUAUAACAGCAAAAACAAACAGAUGCUGACGUCGUUGCCUGAACUUACCGUUGUUUAUAUGUUUUUCACGUUUGCCCAGCUGGCACAAUCAACAGCUGGGCCCAGUAUUACAGACGGGAUCACCAGCCUUUCGAGUGAAUAAAAGUUGAAUUAUAGUUAUUAGCAAGGGCACUUUCACGUACUAAUGUGGAAAACAUCUUUCCGUUGAGUUCACAGUGAUCACACACCAGCCACAUGUUCUGUGCAACUAUAACAUCAGUUUGGAGUGAACGUCAGGGUCCUUCUUUUUGUGUAGUUUUCUUCUGUUUCCAUGUGAUUGUGAUAGAAAUUUAGCGAUAAUAGUUGGAGUCUGUCUUCUAGAUGCAGAAGGGAAGUCCUAAAUUUCAAAUGGAGUCCAUGAUGGAUGAGACAAAUUUCAACCAGCUUAACAAAGUAAUUAAUGAAAACUAACCAAAAUCAUGAAAAUGUCAAAAACUGAAAUACAACUAAAAAGAGGCUUUACAAAAACAUAGCAGCUAACUCAAAAUGUAUAAUAUUAGGACACUGUUAUUCUGAUUCUCCUUUUUUGUGAUAACACAGACUGUAUGGCAGUAACUCAGGAGGUAGAGUGGUCCUCCAGCAACUGGAAGGUUGGUGGUUCAAUUCACCCCUAUCCCUAGUCUGUCUGUUGUCUCCUUGGGCAAGGCACCUAACCCACCUUGCUCCCAUUGUGUGUCCUCCACUGGUGUGUGAUUGUGAGUGUUGUGUGGUGGUGAUUGGAGGAGCCAUAAGUGCAAAUUGGCAGUCACUUCUCUGUCAGACUGUGGCUACUAAGGUAUUUUACCACCAACCAGGUUGUGACUGUAUGAGCAAAUGAAUGAUGUAUCCAAUGUAAAGCGCUUUGAGGGUUUCUGAUAAAGCACUAUGCACUAUUGUUACUGAUUAACUUGUUAUUACUGAUGGUGGAAGAGACAUUCCACACAGGGGAUCCACAGCUAAAAGGUGACAGACAUUGUUCUGAAUUAUAAACCUCAAGCACAAGCCAUGAUGUUAUAAAUUACACUUUUUAAAGCUUGAAAAGGCUGAAUGAUUUGUUGGAUCAGCGGCAGGUGAUAAAAUAUAAGCUGUAAAAAGUAAUUCCUUCCAAGUUUAUGACCCCAGUGUAAAAAUACUUUACUGCGAGUGAAAUCUGAGAUCCAGUCUAGUUUUAUCAUUAGAAUUAAUCCAAGGCUCUUAAAAGUGAAGUGAAGAACUGAUACAUGGUCCCUUUCAGUUGUAGUUCAUGUGGAUUGAGACAGACAUGUUUAGUGGAUGUAAAGGGUAGGUUCAACAUUAUACGUAAUCUUAAAUAGUCCCCUCCUAUAUGGUGCCCAUGCUGAUGUGAAUAUUUCACAAACUGGAUUAUAAAAGGAAACUAGUGUGCAAGAAACAUGCUCCAUCUCUGUUAAAACCAGACCGACUCUGAGACUACUCAAUUCAGUCAAUCAAACAGAAAAGCGAAAGCAUAGAAACAGAUUGAGAGCUCUCAGACGGCAGAGCAGAGUUGGCUGAUACGUUAUUCUUACUCAUUUAAAUGGUAUGUGUUUGCGAAUGAAUAACAUAAUCCCCUUUAAUGAUCGUUUUUAAAAAGCUGCAGAUGAACUCCAUCACUGAGUCUUCACUGUCUGCUGAAAAGAGCGCAGAGCCAUUACUCCUCUGGGCAGCGGCCUCGUCUGCUGCAGAGGCUCAUUCAUCAGUGCACUUGGACAGGUUUUUAUUGUUUUUUUUAAGUGGCUGGAAUUGAACCUGGGUGAACAACUCUGGAUAAUGACUCCAGAAUAUAAUAUAAUAUAAAAAAAUGAGGACCAGAUCAUCUGAUGUGCAGUAAUCAGGAUGAUUGCAUGUUAUUAGAUUACACUGUGUUUGUGCAUCAAAAUGAACAUAUUAAGAUAAUUAUUCUCCAACUCUUCCAGCAUAACAUAGCAAACUAAUGACUUAACAUGAUGCAAUUACGCUCUCAUUUUAGUCUUUUCUUUCCUACUAUGAUAAAGAAAGAGAGAUCAGGACUUUGUUACAGUGUCAUUAAAGGAUUCCUGGGUGUUUUCUGGCUCUGUGUGGUUUUCUCACAGUAACUUGAUUAAUAUUCAGUGUGGAAGUGUGACAUUUCCUCUCUGACUGUACCAGCAUGGAGAUCACAGAGCGGCUGCUUUGGUGUGGUGGUGUAAGAUGAUAUGUAAGAGCAGCUGUUGGCCCUCAAGAGCUCGACCAGAUGUCCUCCAAACAGCUGAUCAAAAUGCUUGUGUGCUACAAACAGUAGUUCAACGUUUAGUCAUUUUGAAGUGUGUAUGUUCUCCUCUGGUGAUGAUGAAUGAAUUCACUGUACUUUGUACAGUAAAACAACAUGAAUUUGGAUGAUUUUACAUCUCAGUUUGAAGUGAUUUCAAGCACCCACACUCUAAAAACUCUUGGGUUAUUUCUUCAACCCGAUUCCUGGGUUAUACGUGUUGAGUUAAAUUUCUGGGUUAUUUUUCAGAUCCAUACCCAUUUCUUGGGUCAUAAGGAUUCUAGUUUAACCCGAUUUGAGGUUUUUUUUUAAUCGGUUAAUAAUUAUGGGUUAUUUUUCAGAGAGUAACCCAAUAAUUGGGUCAGAACGUUGGGUUCGAUUGACUCUACGUGGUUUCUAGGCCUAAUGGCAAUUAAAGUGACCUGGUGACCUUGUCAACUUUGACCUUGAUUUCAUAUACAAUAUGAUAUGUACAUAUAGAUAUACACUCACCGGCCACUUUAUUAGGUACACCUGUCCAACUGCUCGUUAACACUUAAUUUCUAAUCAGCCAAUCACAUGGCGGCAACUUAGUGCAUUUAGGCAUGUAGACAUGGUCAAGACAAUCUCCUGCAGUUCAAACCGAGCAUCAGUAUGGGGAAGAAAGGUGAUUUGAGUGACUUUGAACGUGGCAUGGUUGUUGGUGCCAGAAGGGCUGGUCUGAGUAUUUCAGAAACUGCUGAUCUACUGGGAUUUUCAUGCACAACCAUCUCUAGGGUUUACAGAGAAUGGUCCGAAAAAGAAAAAAUAUCCAGUGAGCGGCAGUUCUGUGGGCGGAAAUGCCUUGUUGAUGCCAGAGGUCAGAGGAGAAUGGCCAGACUGGUUCGAGCUGAUAGAAAGGCAACAGUGACUCAAAUAACCACCCGUUACAACCAAGGUAGGCAGAAGAGCAUCUCUGAACGCACAGUACGUCGAACUUUGAGGCAGAUGGGCUACAGCAGCAGAAGACCACGCCGGGUGCCACUCCUUUCAGCUAAGAACAGGAAACUGAGGCUACAAUUUGCACAAGCUCAUCGAAAUUGGACAAUAGAAGAUUGGAAAAACGUUGCCUGGUCUGAUGAGUCUCGAUUUCUGCUGCGACAUUCGGAUGGUAGGGUCAGAAUUUGGCGUCAACAACAUGAAAGCAUGGAUCCAUCCUGCCUUGUAUCAACGGUUCAGGCUGGUGGUGGUGGUGUCAUGGUGUGGGGAAUAUUUUCUUGGCACUCUUUGGGCCCCUUGGUACCAAUUGAGCAUCGUUGCAACGCCACAGCCUACCUGAGUAUUGUUGCUGACCAUGUCCAUCCCUUUAUGACCACAAUGUACCCAACUUCUGAAGGCUACUUUCAGCAGGAUAAUGCGCCAUGUCAUAAAGCUGGAAUCAUCUCAGACUGGUUUCUUGAACAUGACAAUGAGUUCACUGUACUCAAAUGGCCUCCACAGUCACCAGAUCUCAAUCCAAUAGAGCAUCUUUGGGAUGUGGUGGAACGGGAGAUUCGCAUCAUGGAUGUGCAGCCGACAAAUCUGCGGCAACUGUGUGAUGCCAUCAUGUCAAUAUGGACCAAGCUCUCUGAGGAAUGCUUCCAGCACCUUGUUGAAUCUAUGCCACGAAGAAUUGAGGCAGUUCUGAAGGCAAAAGGGGGUCCAACCCGUUACUAGCAUGGUGUACCUAAUAAAGUGGCCGGUGAGUGUAUAUUAUAUAUAUUGGGGUAGCUCAGGGUAGCUACCCCAAAAUGUAUUGGGCGGCUGGGGUAGCUCAGCGGGUAGAGCAUCCUGUUCCCACCCACAGGGUCGGGGUUUGAACCCUGCAUGAGACACAUAAGGAGCCAACUACAUCUACCUGUGUGGGUCCUUAAGUAAGACCCUUAGCGCAAUGGCCUACCUCAUAAACAUCCAUGCAUUACCACUGAAAGCCAAACCGGCUCAGAAGUUGCCUGGGCUAACAGGGUCUGCAAAGCAGAAAAAAAAGCUCCCCAAAUGCAUAUAUCAAUUUAACCCAAGAUCAUGAGUCGAAUUACCUCAGAGAUUGGAUUAACUUGACCCUUAAAAAGGAUUAUUGAGUCAACCCAAAUUUGGGGUUUAUUUGAAUAACCCAACAUUCUGGGUCAAAAUAACCCAAUAAGUAGUCGGUCCCUUUUUAACCCUGCUGUUGGGUUAUUAGGGGUUUUUAAAGUGCAGUGCCAGAGAUUACCUUAUUGACUUAGUGAUGUGUGUAGAGUUUGUCAUUUCAGCUUAGUUUUCCACUUCAACAGCUAACACAUUAUAUUUUGAUACGGUAAACAUACCCUUUGGGCCAUGGGUUGUGCCAUCUUGCGGUAAACAAACUCUAAGAGUGAACUCUUACCCUGAAGAUGCUCUUCCAUUAAUCUUUUCUUACUUUCUGAUUGAACCUCUAAAAACUGAAGAAAGUGGUUGUGUGAUUCAGAAAGGUCCUGGAGAACAGCAGGACUCUCGGGGAUCAUGAUCUCACAGUGUACUCACCUGAACCACCAGGUAACAUCUCUUGCUCUCAAGUUAGCACAGAAGUUUUUCCCUCCUCUCUCUCUCAGUCUGUUGAAUCUCAUUCUCCCUCUGUAAACUCUGCUUCAUCUGCUGGUGUUGACAGUGAACAGUGAGUGUUUUUGCCUCUUUUGAAGCCCAAACAGCUGAACACUGUUUGCACUGCAGGCGAGAGAAAACUGUUGUAUCUAAAAGUAGUGUUCAGUUUAACUCAUAAGAUUCAGAUAAAAAGUUGAAGUCAGUUAAAAAAGGACUUGAUGUGUUUAAUUUCAUGUAUUUCAUGAUGUUUCAUUGGAGUGAGUUAAGAAAUGAGUGAGAUUCGAAUAGCAGUACCGCCAUCUACUGGCCGAUUUUGGUACGAUUAGGCUUUGUCAAUGUUGAAUCAAACCUUUAUCCAGGAAGUGACAGAGAAAAAAACAACAACAAAGAAGCUCAGAGAAGCACGUUUUGCCAGCUUCUAGCUACGACUGGCUACUUCAGCGUACAUCUUUUACGAGUUGCAUCGUUGGUAUGUGUUAACAUGUGAAUUUAUGGUUAUAUGCCAGAGUCUUAAUUGGCAAAGUAUUACGUUGUGUACUUAUUUGUGUUAUCAUGUGCCUCACGUGGAUUCUGCCUACAUUGAGUGAGGUAUUUUAGUUAGCUAUGCCAGGCUUUAGUUUGUAUGGUUCACAGAUGUGGAAUAGUUUACUUUAUGGUUUAUGCAUCUCCAUAAAUUCAAUAUAUAUUAUAUUUGUUUAUCUCUUAGUUUCACAUUUAGCUUCAACAAUAAACCUGGCAGAAAAAGUGAAACCCACUGAGUUGUUUGGAGGGAAGAGUUUAGCUGCCUGUCAACACAUGUACGCUACGCAUUGAGGACAGAGUAAGUAGUGCUAAAACAAAGUGACUUUUGAUGGCAGUAAAGUGUGGAAAGAUGUCCAAGCAAAGUGUACUUUCAUAGCGAGAACAGCACUUUGGUUGACAUUUCUUAGACUUGGCCAGUUUUGUGGUAAAUUGACCUCGUCUGCAGCGGUUGAUAGCUGAGCUUUCAUACAGUCUGUACAUUUUCUGUUGCAUCUAAACUCUGUGCAUUCAAUUUUUUAUGCAGUUUAGAAAUUAGUCACACAUGUCUUUCCUUUUGUUUUCUGUGGUUGUGUGUCUGCAAAACAUGGUUGAUUUGGUAAUAGAGCACUUCUUCAUGAUUUAAGGGACAGAGUGUCUCCAGAUUGAAGUGAUGUGUAUCUGUCACUGAAUUACUGUAAAAACUGUCCCAGAGGGACUCUAAAGGAAGUAGUUAUGCAAGUUUACUUGUCUGUUUAGACACAGACUGCCGCAAAAUCCAGACCCCAGACUGCUUCAAUCAGAUUUCACCACAACCUGACUAACCGGAGCACACUGGGAUUAAGUCCAGACCUCUGCGAUCAUGAGGAGGAGUGAGUGGGAGGGAAAAUAAAUGAAUAAAAAAAUAAAGUUUUACCACAACUGUAAAACAGGAUUUUUGUCUUUGUGAGUGAAAACCUAAAACCUGUGAAGAGAGAGAGAGAGAGGAGACAGCUGAGAGAUGGAAAUCUGUGAAAACACUUCCUGAAAAUAUCGCUGUAGUUUAUGAGAUCAUUUUAGAGAAGGUACAGGCGACUAUGUGGUCAGUUCUCAGAGACAGUGUCUGCAGUAUGGAUGUAAUGGAUCUAAAAAGCUGUACUUCUGUAUAUCAAUCAAACAAUCAAUCAAACUUUAUUUAUAAAGCACUUUUCAUACACAGAAAAAAAGAGUCUUGUACAUUCAAGAAAUCUGCGCCAGAGCAGUAGAUGCUCUGUAGAUUGGUAAUAUCUUGUAUGUGUAGCUCAAAACUGAAAUUUGGAUCAAAUGUAACACCCAAAUUUUUCAUUUUUUCAAUUUUUUUUGUUACACAUGCUCACUAAUGUCAGCCGCAACAACAGUGCUAACAAAACCUUCAAUGACAGAUGAGUUUAGUGAGGUCAAACAGAGAAUGCUAAAGCUUAAAAAACAAACAGACCAUCUGUUUCUGAGUAGUCACAGUUUGGAUGUGUUCUUGGCUAUAUUGUGCAAUAAAUUUUGAACUGCAGGAGAACUUAGUUAUCACCUGAACUAACAUCAGCAUCUGCAGCCUGGCAUGGAUGUAUAUCUUAUUUGUUUGGUAAUAUCUAACAUUUAAUGGCCCCCCUUUGUGUGUACACAACUGAUCUAUAUACAAUUAAAAAAAAUAGAUGUCAUACUUAUAACUGAAUCAAAUCGACAAAACAGAUUUGUUCAAAUAUGUGAGUUGGUGAUGCUUUUCCAAACCAAGGUGAUUGCUUGUGUCUCAAGGUAAGCUACAUUACAUGGCAGAAGACUGUAGCCUAGCUUGCACCCUGUUUCUACUAACAGGCAGAACUGACUGUCAUCAACCUCACCGCAAAAGUACUGAAAUAUCCCUUUAAGUCAUCCCGAUAAGUACAUAAUGACAAAAAUAAUAUAAUAUAGAAAUUAAACCUAUUUGAUAAUAUCUUUCACACAGUUUAAGAUGUAACCUAACCCUAACCCUUUUCUUCUGAUCAGCAGAAAUUCAUACAUAUCCAAACAUGACCAAAGGAUAAUGAAUAUGUAAAUCAAUGCAUUGAACAUACACACACUCUUUUUCACAGCACCUGUUGUUAAUUUUCAUCUUUGGUGUAAUUCCUUUGUUAUGCAUUAUAAUGUUUAAGCAUACAGUUUCUUGAUAUUAAGAUUCCCCUCAAAUUGUAACUUUUUCUCCUCCUCUUAAAAAGAUCUACUGUUGUUGAGACAGACCUCUAGUUCAGCUGUCUUUAUGUAUAACAAACACAUGCUUCAUGGCUUCCUUGGAUUUUAUCUUUGACUCUUAUUUCACAAUUCCUCUAAGACCUGUUUCUAUCUGUUACCAUUUAGGGCUAAAAUGAAACGUCUUCGGCAGGAGAGGUUUAGUAAUUCAUGGUUGAAUUCAAGGUCAUAGGGAUGAAAGUUUAAUGGUGUUUUGAACGCAGUUUUGGACCUAACAGAUAUCAUCCUGCUCUCUUUUGACAGCCAGAACUGUAUCUGCAUAAAAAAUACCAAAAAAAGAGAGGAAAGUUUACAAGAGAAAGAGUUCCAGUUUUGACAUGUAAUCAUUUAGAUGUUUUUCUGCAGCAGAUGAAGUUAUGAGGAUAUCCCAAACGGAAAGUCCCUUUGUAAAUGAUUUUCUAACACAUUCUAACUUGAGUUGUUGUUGGCCUCACUUGGAGCCAAAUGUUGAUCCUAAGAUGAGCGUAUCAUUACAAUUUGAAGCCAUAAUGACAUUUUAAUGAUUGCCACAUGUUUUACAACAACUCUGUCUCACCCUUUCUCCCGGAGAGAUCAGGGACUUUCACAUCUGCAGACAAAAUCUGUGGUUUUCACAGUGUUUAAGAGCAAAAGGCUUCACAUGUAUUCUGUCUUUGUUGUGAAACACUGGCAGAAUGAAUCACAUUUUUGUUUAGAGCCAGAAGACUGUCUCUAAUAUCAGAUGCAUGCAUUUUUAAACACAUUUAUCCUUAUAGAAAGGGUUUACUCAAUGCUUUUAAGUCUUAAUCGUCCUCCAAUCACUCCUCUGACCUUCCCCCUCAGGCUGCAUGUUGCAAACCUGAUCAGCUCUGCAGGUAUACAAACACGUUAUUUCAUCAGACCGUCUGUCUUCUGCUGUGAAACUCCUCCAUAAAGCCCCCCUGCUGGGCUGAACCCCUCUCACCAGUCCUCUCGUAACAUGAUGACUUUCACCCAGAGCACAUUAGUCUUAAUUAGACUAAAGUGUUUUCUCUCAGUGCUGCAUCCUCCCCUCCUCUAGUCCCCCCUCUCUGUCCUCUCCUUGUUUCCUCCUCCGUCCUUCCUGUAGAGCUUCAUAAUAUUCAAAGACUCAGCUGUCUGCUCUCACGGGAGGUGCAUUCAGUUUACAUUCAUUAAUUCAGAACUGUAGGCAAUAGAAAACAGAUUUUUGGUAUACAAACAUGGCGAUGACUCCAAUGAAUGUAAAUCACAGGCUUCACUCGCAGUUUGUUUAAAAUCUGCUGCAGAGCUCAACACUCUUUCCAAGACCAAGCACAGCAAACAUUCAGGCUUGUGCAUCAAUUUUAUUUCACCCCUGAAAAAACUGACCUACAGUAGUGUGAUAUAAAACUCCUCUAUGCAGAAAAAGAAGUUUUAAAAAGCAGAGGUCCUAAAACUACCAAAGAGGAUUAGGGCCACAAGGAGAGAAAACAAUAAUUACAGGAGGGAGAUUUGUUAAUUUCCAUUUAAAGAUUAAAGUCGAAAUUUCAAGAUUAGAGUUGAAAUUUAAAAAAGUCAAAAUUUCGACUUAAUUCAUGUCGACUUUAAUCUCGAAACUUCGACUUGAAUCUCAAAAUUUUACUUUUUUAAUAUUGAAAUUUCAUGAAUAAUGUCAAAAUUUGGAGAUUUAAAAAAAAUAAUUUUGAGAUUAAAGUCGAAACUCCGGGAUUAAAAUCGACAUGAAUAAUUUGAAAUUUUGACUUUUUUAAAUAUCAACUUUAAUCUUGAAAUUUCGACUUUAAUUUCAAAAUUUCAAUUUUAGACUCAAAAUUUUGACUUUAAUCCUCUUCCUGUAAUAUUUUUUUCCUCUUCUCAUGUGGCCCUAAUCCUCUUUCAUAAAAAAACCUUUACCGCCAUGCACCUUUUUCUAAAGCUGAAAAAAACAAUCUUUCUUUGGUGUUUAACAGGCGUAUCCCUAGACUGUUUUAAAAUAAAUAUGACCCUGAUUUUUUCUUAAAUGAUCUUUUGAGAGAUAAACAUGCUGCAAAUUAAGAAACACUGACAUGAACUCCGAAAGUGCUGUACAUACACAACUAAUACAAAGCAAAGAUGCACAUAAGCACACAGAAGCUGCAAAAAAAUAAAUAAAUAAAAUGUGGAAUUAGCUAGCCAUAACGAUAGCUGACUCUGGUAUGAGGUUCAAAACAUGGGGACAUUGGCGACAGAGUUCUGCUAGUCAUUAGCUGUUAGUGUUAGCUUUAUGCAUCCUGUCACCCCUUCCUGAUAGUCCAUUUACCAGUGCUGUGAUUUCAACAUUUAAAUAUCAAAAGCUGUGCUAUUUUUACAUUGGCGGCGUGUUUCACUUAAAGAUUGGUUGGACCAUUAUCGAUUGUUGGUCCUCGUCAGUCCUAGUCACUACAGCGCAAGAAACGAAAUGGACAACCUGAUCACACAUAUUACAGAUAUCAUAUCAGUAUGCUUAAAGGUGUAAAGCACAUUUCACCUUUUACCUGUUGACACUGUGGCAAAACCGUAACUGUCUGUCUUUAGCUGGUCUUGAGUAUGGGCGAAUAAUGACAAUUAGCCUGAAGAGCUAUUGGACCCUAACCAUCACUGAGGGAAAAGUGGAGCAACAUCCUGUCCAGCAAUCCGUGCUCCAGCAGCAGAGCUGGAGAGAGUGAUAAUAACAACUAGGGCUACACAAAAACCAAUACUUUGUAGAAUUAAUGUAAGUCCAUCACAGUGGUCCUUCGUGCUAAUAUGAGCACUGAUGAAAAAGAAGCAACUGCAAGUGAGCUAGCACUAAUGGUCGUCUGAGAGAUGACUCAGCGCUUUGAUAAACUGAUAUUCAAAGAGUUGUAGUCAAUCUAAAUCUACUGUUAGAGCUUGUGCUUCUUUGGGUUAUUAAUUAAUUAAACAUUCAUACUUCAUAACAGUUCUUUUAACUAUUUUCUUUCAGUUUUGAAAUGCAUAAUCUCACAGAAGUAGUUUAAUUUAAAAGACUUAAGAGACAGUUAAACACCAAAUACAUACUGUUUGCUUCUUUUUAGGCAUGCUUAUUGUAAGCCAUUAAAAAUAUAUCCCCUUUAACCCUGCAGACACAUUUUGAAUCAGAUACACACCAUCAUCAGCAGCUUGUUUUAGGAGUCCGACCUGUUCCUUUUUGUCCACAUGUUCAAACAUUUUUUACCCUCUACUUCGAGUUAAUCAUCUCAAAUCUGAACCGGCCUCAGACAGAGUCUCAUUUGUUUAGUUUCUGUUGGUCUGGAAUUUGUCUCAGAUUUAUAAAUACCUGUAAAUAAACACUGACGUAAUAAUAAGUAGGGAGAUAUAACCAGAGGUGAUGUUAUCCUUUUCAUUCUAGUAAAAAACAAUAAAUCUCAUUAUCUGCGUCUGUUUUUGAAACAUGAAUACCUUUGUUCCAGUACAGCGUCGUGUCCCACCGCCAGCUUCCUUCCUGUCCCUGACCUUAGGGGUCGAGGUAGCAAAAUGAGCACACUAUCCAGUUUCUCCUCGUUCCUCUGACCUGUCAGUGUGCUGCAAGCAAAACAUCACAAUCUCAGAGCUGCUCUGCUCCUGCAGCUCCUCUAUGACCCUCUGAGUGUACGCUUUUCCACUCGUGAACGUUCAGGGACGAAGAGCGGACUCGUGUGACAGUGACUUAUGAAGAGGGGGAAACAGAGCGGCUGCAGAAAUCUCAGAUUCUGAUCUGCAUGAAUACAAACCUCAGCGUUUACCAUAGUCUCUGCUGUAAAAUAGUCAUAUAUCAAUAUGUCAUAGACUGAUGUACUGUACUACACAUCUUUAUCAUGCUUGCUGUCUUGUACUGUUGGUGUAUCCAGUAACCUGCUGGAAGUAACUACUGCGUAACUUUGCUGAGUUUGAUGCAGGAUUUUAAAAUGAUCGUCUCAGAUUUUGUCUGAAACACAUCGAAUAGGUUUAUCGUGGUUUAUCACCUGGUGCUGCCCAUCGUGGAGCACGGAUUUGGCAGAUUUGUUGGGCCCUGUUCUUGCUGCCUGUUCAUUCUUCCUCAUUUUCUGACCUCCACCAGUCCAACACUCGAUGCAUGACCUGUCCCCUGACUGACCGUGCCACAGAACCCACUCUGUCUUCCACAUGCAUCCAUGACAAUCCCCCACUAGUCCCCCCAGAAUAAAAGCACAGUAGCAGUGCUUGCAGGAAGGAAACACAAACUCUUGCAGUAUGGCACAAACACUUGUAAUUUUGAUAUUCAUGUUAUUUGUCAUAAUAUUGCCAUGAUGUUUGACUCCUCAAAUCUAUGACUUACUGUCUCAUUUUUAUAAAUUACUGUCUCAUCACUAUGACUGAUUUUGCAAUCAUUUAUACAUUUUAUCUUAGAAUAUUAGACUUUUAUGUCAGUUUUGUCGUUUUUUUCUUAUAAAUUUGAACUUUCUCAUAUUUUUGAUUUUAUUGAUCAUAAUUAUGACAAACUAUCCCACACCCAUAAUUCUGACUUCUUUUCAAUACUUGUGAUCUUUUUUGUUCGGUCUGUUCCAUUUAUAAAAACUGGUAUGAAAGCGCUCUUGUAAGGUAAUGACUGAACCCCUGUUUACAUGCAGAGGAAAUCACAGAGAAAAAACUAUGUCUUCAAAGAUCUCCACAGACACAUGGACAGUGCUUUAGUUUUGCAGACCACAGUGCUGCUGGGUUGUGGAGUUCGGUGAACCUCAUUAUCGUUGCCUGGAGAGAAAAGCCUGAAAGUGGACUGUAAAUGAGCCCGGGUCAAUAAAGUCUUUAUUUGUCUGUGUAGAGGCUGUCAGCAGCUCCUCUUUGCUGUUUUCCUGAAAGUCACUUUUGAUUUAACAUAUAAUCUAUUUCACCACGCAGCGCUGAAUGCAGAGCAAAGGAGCUUAUACCCUAACUGGAAAGAAAACCAUCUGCCAUGGAAAAGCAUGCAGGAAAUCUAUUUAAAAAGUCUGUGCACGCAGUCAGGGGUUAAGAUUAGAUCUGGCACCGCUUUUUAUUACCUGCUACUGUUACUGUCUUUACCACAAAAAGUCAUUGAGACUCAAAGUCCUUAAGAGUUAUAUUUACAUUUGCUUUCUUUCUAAGUCUGUAACUUUGAGUGCCUGUUUAUGUUGUGGUCUUUGGAGGGUCAUAUUCUGUAUGUACAACAGUGGAAAACACACUGCAGUGGUUAAAAAUAUGGGAGAAAUGAAAAGAAUCCAUAAAUGAUUAAAAUAAAAUACAUGCUGCAGAGAGGCAGAACCAAUGGGUUAAAUUUACGUAUAAUUCUUGAAAAAUGCAAUAAUCAAAACACAAUCUAGGAAAAACUCUGAAGACCUAUGUUUUAGGGGACACUCAACUGAUCAUGUGAUGGAGGUGGGUUAUAUAAAGAAAGCUUAAUCCUGCAAACUGUAUGUUAAGAUAGACCUCAAAAGAGUUCUCUGACUUGAAACCAACAUUUUUACAGCUCACUCUGCUGACUGGCUGCAGUAUAGGUCAAAUAACUUGCCUGUUAAUCUGUCAAGGUAGCUAAUGAGGUCAAACUAUAACAUUAAAAUGCAUGUCAAAUACAUUUUUCACAGACAUGAUUUCUUCUUUAAUUAGAGUAAGUUCUCAUCGGGUACAUUUAUUUUCAAGUUUUUAACAAAUUUAGUUUGUAUCAGAUAUUCAGUGUUUUAAAAAUGAUUGAUUGACAGCUCUGUUGAUGAAUGGGGUUCCUGCAGCAGACACUGACAUUGACACUUUUUUCAGCUGUUUUCAUUCAUUUUCAUUAUUUAGGAUCUAGUAGAGGUACCUUAUACUUCAAAAUAAAAGCAUGGUUUUCCCUUUUUUUUAUAUACAUGGUUUUAAAAUUAACUUAAAAGUAUGUAAUCAAAUAAUUUAUCAAAUCAAAUAAUUUUAUAAUUUAUAUGAUUUAUCAUCAGCCCUGUGACCAAAAUGUCUUGAGAAGACACUGCCUCUUAAAGCUUUUGUUUACCAUGCUUUCAUUUGGAUAUUUUUCCUAUCUUGCUUUUAGGUUGUUUUUUAUCUAUUGCAUUCUGCAAACUAUGCUUUUAUUUUGAAGUUUACUACUUCUGGUAGAUAGUUAAGUUCAAGAAUUGAAAGAACAUGUUGAGAAAAUGAAAUGAUUCUGUAAUCUGAAGCGGCAAAAGCUUUAAUUUUGCUUUUGGAUUCACAGUGAAACUUGAACAUCAAUCAUUCCUCAAAGGGCUGAGGCAACUAGAGACUAGCAGACUGCUACUUCUUAUUCAUCUGUCCCUGAUUUUAUGACGUGUGGCAACCAGUAUAAGAAAUCAAUUGUAUUACUGUAUGCUUGUUUUGUUUUUUUUGUUUUUUUUGUUUUUUUUUUUGUUUUUUAAGUAAAAUAUUAAUAUUUUAUCCAUGAAAAAGAUGGUCAUUGGCAACACUGGUAUAUUGCAACAGCACUGUGAACAUAUACAUGUCAAGUUGGGAGCAGAACAAUGUUUACAUUGUGAAACCAGAUCAGUUGGAGAGGAGGAAGCAAUGGUGCUCAUGCCCUUAAAACUACUUUUUAAAAUGCCUGACAGACAUUAGUAAAAAAAAAAAAAGAAAAAGUUACGUUUGAGCUCUAAACUCAGCAUCAUGUUGAACCAGUCCCUGUUCGGGCUGAAAGUUUAAACUUGAGGGAAAGAGGCUGACAGUUUCCUUAGAGAUGCGUACUCACGUCUGGAAUGUCUCUGUGUGCAGACUCUCUCUACAUCCCACUGAGCUGAGGAUCCCUGUGGUAGAGAAACCACCCAGCCUCUCAGCAGCCCUGUAGACCAGCACAGUUUAACUCUGUGCCCGGCUCUUUUUUUGGCAGAGUAUAAAAGUGCAGGCUGUGCUGCACAGAUCAUCUCAUACUGCCAACAAGGGUUGUGGCCUGCAUGCUGAAGGAGGGCAGUAGCAGCGGUGGAAGUACAGUUACAGCGUUCACUGUAAAUUAAACAUCACAGUCACUUUUAUCUGCUCUCUGUAGCUGCAGGAGUGUGGGAGCUGAGCUGCACAGGCCUUUGUGGGCUAGUGUGAAAGGAAGGCAGCUGAAGUCAAGGAGGUGCAACUCAUGCUGAGAUGUGAAGAGGACUUAGCUGCUGAUGAAGAAUUGGGGCUUAUUCUGGAGGGGGUUUAGGAAAAGGGAGGGUGGGCAGAUGAAUAAAUAAACUGUUUGUAUUUUUUCUAUUUCUCAAAGACAGAGGACCACUGUUCGUCUUUAACCCCUCCUGUUGAAAACUUAAUGAAAAGCAGAUUUCAGAACAGGAGCUGUCAUUUCCUCCUCAUCUCAAAAUCAUCAGCUGCCACUUUCAGGUUUUUGUCUACACUUUGUAUCUAUCUCUCACCUCAGCCGGAUCAAAAGAGGGUCUGGCUCCAGACAUCCUGAUAAUAAGGAGAAAAUGAGAAGAGCGGAAACGGUGAAAGGAAAUAUCCCUUCAAAUGUGCCCCCUUCUUCUGUCCUCAGCCCCCACUGCCUCCUCUCUGUCCCCACUCCAACCUCUCAACCUCUUUUCCCAGCCUGCACACCAUGCCGGGCCUCCAUGGAGAGCAGGAAGCUGGACCAGGAACUGUGGGUCUGCUGUCUGCGGGCCAAGGCGAGCUGGUGUGAGAUUUCUGCCCAGGAGAAGGUGGCCGCUUCCCAACUAUGAGGCAGAGUCAAAGUGACAGCCAUGUUCAAGAGACCCAGGGGACGCUGCGUAGUCUGAAAACCUGAGUGUUGGGGGGCACAUUGUGAAAUUCUGGACCCUGUGGAUGGGUAUAAAAACACACAUUGUGCUCACCGGUCUCUUCAUGCAGGGGUAAUUAAAGAAAUCUCUAUCUGGCUCACAGAGAGCCUGGGAAAGAUCUGCCAGGGGUCUCAGUGAACCACAAUCCAGACUAGUUGGACUAGGGUCCAAGCUGUGUCAUUGAGCAAAAAUCACCAAACCUAUACCUUUUAUUCGUUCCUCUUGUCAUAAUUUUAUUACCUCCGCCAAGGAGGUUAUGUUUUCGGUAGCGUUGGUUUGUUUGUUUGUUUGUUUGUCUGUUAGCAACUUUACGGAGAAAGUAACAGACGGAUUGACCUGAAAUUUUCACCAGAGGUGCGUCUCAGCCCCAGGAGGAUCCCAUUACAUUUUGGUGGUGAUCCGGACAAAAUUCUGGAUACUGUGAUCCAGAACACACAAAAAUAAGGGUGUCAUUGGAAUUUUCAAUGCUGAAAGAUAACCAAUGGGCGGCACAGUGGUGUAGACAGGCGGUACAGUGGUGUAGUGGUUAGCACAUUAUGAACAGUGAACAUACCAGUUUAAACACAAAUAAACGUUCAUAAAAGACACAUAACAGUAAAAGUUUUGGUGUGAAUCACAAUAUAAGGGGGGACAUGAGCUGCUUGGCGGAGGUCUGCGCUCUCCGAGUGCUUUUCUAGUUAUUAUUUUUACCAUUACUAUGACAGUUUAUGACUUGAGAUGUGACUUAUUUCAGUGGCUGGUACUUUGCUAACUUGCAUACUACAGGGGUUUAAAAAUACAGUUCAGAAACAGCUGCAGCAAGACAUUGACCUCAGUGAGCAGGAACUCUUUUAACACUGAAUCUCCACAUUCUUUAAAAAAAAAAAAGGAAAUUCAACUUUUCACAGAUACAUCACCUUUUAUCCAAACAUUUAUAACGAAAACUUUUUUUGACCCAUGACUCCAUUUCUAUUCAGUACAUACAUAUGCAUAAAGCUUAAAAAGCGUGUUGCAUGCUUCGUUAUUGAUAGUCAAAAUUUUAACUUGCACUUUAUCCAGGAAUUUCCUUUCUAUCCUUGGUAAAUAUGCAUGAGAAGCCAGGGUGGGUUGAUGCAGGAACACAGCAGGAAAUAUUCAUAACAAAGGAGAGAGUGGAUAUGAUGAUGUUAAUAUAAUGUGACCAGAGGAAUGAUACUUCAGUGAAAAAAUAAAAACACCAGAGGUUAAAGGAGGAGAAUCAUUUUUAAGAUGAGAAAGGUGAAGAUGUCUGCAUGCUUGCCUGCUCUUCUUGUGCCUUCAAUGCCAUCUCCUACCUCCACAUUUCCAGUUCUCCCCCUCCACCAUCUUGUAUGAGCCAUAUGUGAUCAGGCGACACUCCUUUGCCCUGUCAGUGUACAAUGAACUGCAUGUUUCAUGAUUGUCACUGCUGCAUUUUCUGUAGUCUAGGCCACAGAAGUGCACAUUUAGUUUAAAGGAGGGUGUCUAUUUCUGUCCAAAACCCAGCUGUCUGAACCAGUUUGAUCUGAAAAUGAGAAACUUGUGACAGUCUCUGUGUCAGUCUGAUUAGCGGUGAACGAACAAAGACGUUUUCUUUCCUGUGAUUUACUAAAAGAGGACUUUCGCGGGCUCAAAAACAGACCGCUAAAUGGAGCAGCUUCUGGUCACUCUGGUUUUAUUUCGCUGAAAACACUCGGUUUGGUCGAAUUCUUGUGGCUGAGAAGAGGCUUGUUCUGAAAAAGUGAACCUCUCUCUUUUGUCUGAGUGUGUCAGACAUGAGUUAUGUUGGAGGAAUACAGGAUUUAACAUCCUCCUCUAUGUUCUCACCCUGAACGCUCUCUGAGAAUGUUUUUAACCACAUCAGCACUGAAGAAUGUCCCAAACAUUAGUCAUAAUACGCUCAGAGAUUAGUGUUGAAGUGCUGUGGAGAGCUGCUCUGUGUGUUCGGUCCAUGAAACAUGUUUUGGAUUGAAGUAAACAGUAAAUAAAAGCUCUGCGGGACCAUUUAGGUGGUCUAGAAAAACUGUCAGAUGUUUAUUUAUGACAUGUGGAUGAUUAUAAAUGAUCCAACAUCAAAUUCAGACCAGACUUCUUUUUUUUUUAGUUAGACCUUAACUGUUGAUGGUAACUUUUUAGAAACCGUCAACAAACCUUUGACUCACGUGCAAUUUUGUAUAUUUACGUGUCUUUAAUAUUACAAUACUACAUCACUUGACUCAAGGUAUAAAAAUAAAUGUUUUUUGUUCACUGUCCCCCUCAUGGGGUACUGACUCAUUGAGUCACUCAUCCACCCUUUCAGGCAGAGCACCAUGGCCUCGGACUUAGGUGUACUUUGGAUUUGGGUGCAGACCACUCCUAUGAAACACAUGGGAGGAAGAUCAUCAGGAGGGUCAAAUCCUUUCCUCUUGAAUGAUUUAGCUGCUGUCAUAAAGUUUGGAGUCUCUAAGGAUGGUGAUAUUUGGUCUAAAGAUAUCUCGGUCAGUCCAACUCUGUGGAAUCAAUGGAUCAUGUGACCCCUCUUUCAGUCUGAUAAGCAUAUUGAUCAUCUUGAUCCACGUUUCGCUUGAAGAAUCACCGGGCAGCAUCUUUAAGUCUAGAGCAUGACUGUAGACUCAUUUAAAUCUUAUUGUUCUACCAUCACUAGACCAUUAAAAUGUAGUUAUCCUCCUCUGAAUAUACAGUGCUCCACAUAAAUGAGUACACCCCUUCAGAGUUGUCAGAAAUCGUUCAGUUUCCUCUCAAAAUCAACAUUUCCUAUGUGAGACUAUCCAACAAAAUACUCCCCAAAAUGUAGACCAGUGAUUGCAAACAAGAUUUUUAGGUUGCAUACAAAAAAGUUUUGUUUUUCUUUUCAAUUUAAAAUCAGGAUGCAAAAACCUAAAUUUUAGUAACCCUAUCACCCUUAUUUUCAUCUUAUGGUAAAUAGAGUGCAGCUUUGUCAAAACUUUGGAAAUUGUACUUUUGCUCAUCUAGAUAUUGAGUAAUACAUUACUUUUAAUAGGGGGUGUACUGACUUAUGCUGGGCACUGUACAUUAUGGCACAGACGGUUAUCCUACCUACAGGGGAUCACCCCCAACAUCUUUACAUUCAGAAACUGUAUUUUUCCUUACAGUUGGAGUGUGAUACUGGAUCCAUAACCGAGACAUGCUUUGUUAAAGAGAGUCUGAAUAUGCUGAGUGUUUUCCUGCACCUCCCUGUGUGUUUCUGUGUUUUUAGGAGCCGUGGGAGCAGGUGUGAACAGCACAAGUGAACAAAACAAACUGGUUUGUUUUAUUGCUAUUAAUAAUUGAUUAUUAUUGAAUUAUUUAUUUUCUGCUCUUGUUUUUUUAUGUUUUUGUUAAAAACAGAAGGGCUUUGUGGUUUGUCUUUCCCUCAGACUGUCCUGUCUCUUACAUCCUCCAAUAAAUAACUGAUCGAAUCAGCGUCCUUAGAGGACUGACACCUGCUCCCUCGCCCUCCCUGAGGCCUCGCUUACCAGUGAGCUGUAAUCGUUCCUGACUGGACAAUAUUUCUGAGAAGCGCAAAAGAAGGGGGGUGAGGUGUCCUGGUUACACAGAUAUUAAAGGAAUCUGUCUUCAUCUGAAUCCUCUGGGAGUUUUUUCAUCAUCCUCCAGAAGGACAGCCGGUCUGUGAGCUUGUCCUCCCGCAGAAUAUUGAAGGAUAAGAUCCCCGACACUCUCAUAAAGCUGAGGAAGAGACAAUCCAGUUAUUUGUUUGGAUUAUUAGACUUUUCCCAGAACAGUUUCUACAACUGUGUGAUAUGUGCUGACAGAGGCGGCUGAAACUCUCCAAACUUGGUGUUUUCAUGGAUCAAAUGAGAAAAACUUUCCGACACAGAGUCUGAAAGUUUUGAAAGAACAGAAAAGGGAGGUUUUCAGCUCCGUUUUGGGAAUAAUUCAACAACUACAGUGAUUAUCUUUGCCCAAUGCAACAACUGCUGUAGCUCUAUCACUCAAGAGGAUGAACAAAUCCAUAAUUUAGAGCUCUCUGCACUCAUCUGCCAGCGACACAACAACUCUACAUCUAUCCCAUACUGUACACAUGUUUAAUUCAGCUAUUAAAAACAACAAGAGUGACAUCAAAUGGUUCUAAAGCAAAUGGGGAGAGAGAGAGAGAGAGACAGAAGAACCUGAUUAAAAUCAGCCCAGACUGAUGGAUUGGUGCAGAUGCAGACUGGGAUUAGGUCUUUGGACGCGGACUGUCGUGUUGCAGCCUUCAGCUUCUGUCUGAGUGUUUCUCAUGUUUCAAAGCUCCUUACUUAUCGAGUGUGAUGUCCAGAGACAACCACAGGCAUCAUCAUCAUGGCUUCAGACCAGCUUAUUUCAUUCAACAGUCAGGAUUAGGGGUCUGCCGGGGACUGAAAACAAAAGUCAGACUGCUACUUAAAGGGAUAGUCCUGUUUUUUAAACAGGAUCCCAUAAAUAGUAGGAAAUCUUUGUCAGCUGGACGUCUUUAUUGAGACACCCUGAGAGGAACCUGUAUGAGAGCGAGGCGAUCAAUCACUGCUGUCAGGGUCGACUCUGGAGCAUGUUUUAGCCACUAUAGACAAACUGCAACCGAAACACAACUUACUGUGCAGCUGCAUUAUUUGCAAUUCAUUUUUAAACGCAUUAUUUGAAUUGAUUUUAUGAAUGCAUUGAAAAACACUUGGCUUUUUUCAUUAUUGCGUAUUCAAAAUGGGGAUUUAAUUACAAUGAGUAUACACAUGAUUAAGAUUUUUUUUAAUUUUCUAAGCUUGAUUCUGCUGUUAGAGUGCCCUUUAGUUUUUGUCCUACAGGAGUGACACAUGUUCUCCCAGCGGCAGCCAAUAAAGUCUACAAUGUACAAGUCACUGAAAAAUGUUAAUGUUCAUAUGCUGCAGAUUUAAAUGGAGGGGAUUUCAAAGUAGUGUUGUGUUGUUUGCGAAUGAUUCAUACAAAAGAACUGAAUCUUUUCAGUGAACGUACUGAACCGAAUCACUUCCUCAAGUGAUUCGUUCAUUUCUCACUAAAGUUGAGCCAGGCAUGCAGCCGGUGAGCAAGGGACCACAUGCGCCAACGCCUGAAUCACUUGGUG